AUGAGCCGGCCGUGGCCGAUUCUGCGCCGCGAGAGCGUCGAGGCUCAAGCGAACAUGGGAAGAAGCGUGCCUCAAUGGCAUGCUUGGCGUGCAAAAAGUCCAAGCGAAAGGUGUGAUAAUUGUGUCGCCUAUGGUCGAGAAUGCGUGUUUGACGAAACCAAGGAUCAGCGGCGCAGAGUGGCGGCGAAGCAUACGGCCGAGGAGCUUGUUUACUUUCAAGACUUUCUCUACGAUUUGCUGAGGGUGGUUCGAGCAGAGGACGAAUCGUAUGGCCGAACUUUGUUUUCGUGUAUUCGAAAGGGCACCCCAAUGAAUGACAUACUCCAAUUGAUCCGUACGACUCUCUUGGAAAUGGAAAUGAACCAACCCUACUCCAUUACCCUCGAGGGAUCGCCUUUCCGACCUCAAGUCAUGGAUCUCAGCUAUCUAUGCGAACCCCCAUAUCUGGUCCCUGCAGAACCGUGGACAACCGUCACGAUGGAUUCGGAUCUCGUCUCGCAUCUUGUAUCUCUCUAUUUCACCUGGGAUUACCCAUCCCAUAUCUUCUUGAACCGUGAUGUGUUUAUCCGGCAUAUGAAAGUUGGGGAUAUGAGCUCCGAGCUGUGCAGUCCGUUCUUGGUGAAUGCACUACUUGCGAAUGCAUGCCACUAUUCCGAGAUCUCGGAGGUGUUCAAGCAUGGACAACCCGGUGACAUCAUGACCAAAGGUGACGGUUUUCUUGCGGAGGCUGAGCGGCUAGGUGCCCAGGAACCUGAAAAGUUUACCUUGGCCUAUCUACAGGGCACUUUGAUGUUAUAUGAGAAAUACUCUCUGUCUGGAAAAGAGGACUUUGGAUACCGCAUGCUCCACCGGGCGAUCAACAUUGGAGAGUCCAUGGGAUUGGUUGGUCAGAGUGGUUCUAAUCUGAUACCUGGCCACAUCUCCUCUGAUAUGGAAGAGUCUCUUGAGAGGACUGCCUGGGGAUUGUUCCAUAUUGAUACAGUUGUGCAUACCGACUUUCUGAGGCCCUGCGUCAUACGUCAAGUCAACCUACCUCGGCCUAUACUUUCUGCCGAGGAAAGAGAGUGGAAGCAAUACCCCUAUUUCAAGGAUGCCCGUCCUUCAUACUUCGACGAGUACUUUGCGAAAUCAUGGGAGCUCUGCGAAAUUGCCUGCGACAUGUCCCAGCGUCUCUUUACGGUGGAUUAUGAUGACUUUCAUUCGAAAGAACAGAAAGAGGACAAGGCCGACUUAGAUCGCAAACUGUGCAAGUGGUAUGAAGGAAUAGACGAGAAGGUCAGUUUUGACGAUCCGUUGCGAUGCCCGCCGCCAUACGUGAUUAUCAUGGGCAUGCGAUACUACACUCUAAUCAUCAUUCUAUUGUUAUACAAGGCCGAGGUUGAAACAGUAAAUGAUGUUUCAGACACCAUGAUUACUCCAGACAGUCCGGCAGGUUCUGGCGCUAUUAGGGAGGUCAUAUCACCCUACGAGCGAGCGCAAAACGCCGCGAAGGCUAUCGCUGGUCUUGCGCGCAUGCACCAGCGGGCAUAUCAUCUUACCCGUAUCCACCACUUCGCCGUAUACGCCAUCAACCUGGCUCUCUUCGUGCUGCUCAACCUAAAUCGGGACUUUGAUAUCCAGGACGACGACUUUCUGUUCCUAGCAUGUACCUUUGGCAACAUCGCGAGCCGGUCUCAUGUCGGACGGAACUUGUUUCACCUAUUUCGGGUCCAAGUUCGAUCUAAACACCAAGGGAGUCAUAUUCGUGAAAGUGACAGGGUGACUGAUGUUGUCAAGGAUGUGUUUGAUGAAAAUUUCACCGAGUCGUUGCAGUUUGAUGUGUGCGCUAAGGGGCUGGAGAAGUUGGAGGAUAUAAGGUAUCGUGCAAUCGCGAAGUGUCAUCCCCUGUGCAAGAUGCUUGACAAGUAUGAGUGUCUGAGUCUAGGCAGGGACGAGCUCGCACCUGAAAGGGACCUUGAUCAUGGUUAG